AAUCGAGAACCUUUGGAAACAAAGGAGUGACGUCACAUAGGUAAUAAACAAAUGCAUUUGCAGGUUCAACGGAUUUGACACCGAGCAACCGAACUUUUCAUAUACUGCUGAGAUCGAUAGAAUUGAAAUUGAACAGUACAAGAUGGGAUUAUGCCCGGCAACUGUAUCUUUUGCAACCGUUUUGGCAGUAGUUUGCAUUUCUAGCGAAGGUAAGCGAACAAAGAAUUGAAUGUUUUGCAUUUUGUAAUCGAGACUGGAGUGGUUUACUCGUGAUUAGCUGAAAGAUACGAAGGGCUGCGGUUGAAAUUCCAGUAAUGAAACAAUCCAACCGGCUUCAAGCCGUUAUUAAGACACAGGUUAUAAUUUUUUUGCUGUGAAAUACAAACACAGAUGGUAGAUUGUAACAUCAAUAACUGUGAUGCAUUAUUUAGGAACGUCUUGUUGUUAGAGCUUAAAUAAAACUGCUCGGAACCUCGUGCGACGGGGAACCGAACUUUCUAGUACAGAUCGAAUUAAUAUGGAAUUCUUGCCAGGCUUGACUAAAGAGAUCAACUUCUUGUUAUAUCAAGAACAGUGGCUUUUAAGUGACACAUCUGUAUUCCAGUUAGAUGUUGUCAUUCUGUCCGCUUGCAGUGCCGUUAAACCUCAUUCCGAAGUCAGCCAUCGUUUUGCGAGUACGAAUGAGGUGUUUAAUUAACGAGUAGGUGACUUUCGAGAAUUGAGGAGACAAGUCGCAAAUCGUUAGCAAUGGCUUCGACCGGUAGCUUCUUCGACGUUCAUUUAAUCCGACACAAUCACCAAAAAGCAAAAGAAUGAUAGUUAUUGAAAUUAGUCGGAGGGAAUUAUUUCUCUUGCUUUUAGUUCUCUACACUUUAAUCAUGUUUGAGAGCGCUAUGCUUCAGACCUCUCUUUAGCACUGAGUUCUGAGGCACUCAAUUUAUAUUUCAGUGGGUUUGUCACGCUUAAAUCGGGAAAGAAAUCUUGAAGUUUGUGAGAGAACACGGUGGUUGAAAGCGAGCUGUUGUGAAAGCUUAUUUGCAUUUUCCGCAACUGUUCGCUGCGAGACUUCUUUUCGAAUUAGUUCAAAACAAAAUUCUAAACUGAUAAACACGAUAGUUGUUGAUUUAUCAACACCGUUCAGCAAGGAGAGAUAACAAUUCGACCAACGUAACCUGUAUUGUUACAAUUAAUCAAUUUGUGAACGAAAAAAAACGUUUUUAAAAACUCCUCAUCAAAAUAAGAAAGGCGAUCGCGUUGUCGAAAACAUCACUUGAUUUUAUUAGAAAUCAACUUUCCACUAAGCCUAUUACUGAUAACGGUUUUAGCGUUGAUCGAUUUGGUCAGAUAGAUUCUGGAUCAAUCCGGAUAACAACGAUGUAUUUUCAGAACAGGCAGGGUUUCUAACUAUUCUUUCACAUUUAAAACCAAUAUCAGACAGUUGGAACCCCAAGAGAUCUCCUACAUUGAUGAAACGUAUGGAAAUUUCACUCACAUUGAACAAUUGUUUCUUUGUGUCCUCAUCCGUUGGAAACAAAGCUGUUUUUUAAGGCAUUACGCCUUUCAAGUCAUAGAGAUUGCGAAAAGCGAUUUUCCGAAGAAAUCAGCGAGGUAAUAUGAAGAAUUGCAAAUGAUUUAAAGUCAAUGUAAUUAAGCUUUAUUGCGAGGCGUCGUUCGAUUUUCUUUUGAUAAAGGAAAAAUAAAAAUUGAUCAAAAUUCAACAAAAUUGUUUUGACUGGCUGACCACAUUAUCUGUUGUUCCAGAGAAAUGAGGCGGUAUUGUCUGAGUAGAGGCAAGUGAAAUGUUACUUGAAAACUUCAACGACUACCGUUCUUAGUAUGCUUCUCUGGAAGGAACCUUUUUAACAACAGCAUUUGCUGACCAUUUGUAGUUUAAACGGGUUGAAAGGCCAUUUUAAAACCAAGAAAAUAAGAGUGUUUUUUGUAGAUCGGAAAUGGACUUUAAUGACAAUUCACCCGGAGGCGACAAAAGACGAUUCAUGUGUGAUAUCUUACUCUUAAGAAAACUAAAUGAUUUUCUGCAUUCUUACAUCUCACAACCUUAAGUUUCCGGGCUGUUUUAGCAGUAAGUAUUAUGAAAUACAAGUGCGGAAAAUGUCGGCUGAACUUCGUCAUUGAAAUUUAUUAAAAGCACUCUUUUACUGGCUUGGUGUGGCUUAAACUCUACCAGAAAGUUUCAGUAACGUCCUUUUUUAAAAACCCUUCGUAUUUUCAAAAGAAAGUUUCGCUGACAUGCUUUUUUAAAAACCCUUCGUAUUUUCAAAAGACGAGGCUUUUUUUAAAUUAAUUUGAUUAGCACUCAUGAGCGUUAAACCAAUUAGUCAGCUGCUGAUCUCAGGAAGGUUCUCCGCACUUUGUGUUUUUCUCAUACUGACUGCUUAGUAAGAGAAAUUUGAAGAGAUGUCUUUCGUUCAGAAAGGACGCUUGAUCAUUUGUCAAUAAAACGAUACUAAAUUGAUUUUAUUUGUGACAUUUUAGUGUUCGCUGCGGACCCUUUGUACUGCUUCAGUUGCCAUGGAUAUGAUAAAGAUAGUCUCACCAAGUGUAAAGACAGAAAGGAUAAUGAAUUGUUCGUUAGAAAGUGCACCACAAACUCGUCGCUUCUGCCGGCCUGUCUCAAGUACACUGCCUAUUACAAGAUUCCACAGAUGAUGGGUAAACAACUCAAAAUGGUCGAGUCCGCCGUGCACGGUUUACACUGUGGAACACUGGCAAUGUGUGCAAGGAGUGAAUGCCCGAAUUUCUGGCCAAAGGAUCUCUCUGCUAAAAAAUGUGAAGUAAGUUGCUGUACAAACAAACCCUGUUCAUUCCCGAUGCCGAAUAAAUCGGAAAUUAAUAGAUAUGAGCAGCGAGAGGCUGUGAAGGGUAACGCGGCAGCUCUUGGGGUCCAGAGUGGAAAGAGAAGUAGUGGUGUAACCAGAAUCUCGGUGUCCUUGUGGAUACAAGGCGUGGUUCUCGCUUUUGCUACGUGGCUUAAGGCUUAAAGUUUUUAACGCGAAGUAAUUUGUAUGCCAAGUGCAAGCAAUUAAGAGGCCGUUCAUAUCAUGUUUUCAUCAGUGGUAGUUAUAUUUAAAUACUAAAGCUGGCACUUACUCUGGAAGAUCUAACUCUUUAUUUCCUCUCGAGAAAGAGGACAUUAUCAUGAACAGAAGUAAUACAUAAUUGACGUAUACUGAACGCUUGACUAUCAUGAGACACUCCAUAUCUGAAGUAAUUUUGGCUUCACCACAAACAGUCCAAACGAAAGCAGCUCGGGAUGUGCUGCCCAAAGGAACUGGGUUUGAUGCUUCAAACACGCUUCACAGAUACGUUACCUGUUAAUAAUGUUCCUGAAGUUAUCGAUGGCCCGACCACUGGAUGAAAAAAGCAGUCAUGUUUAUGUAUAGUUCGUCUCAGUUUGCGAAACUUUAUACCGAAUCAUUACAAUCUUAGUUUAGUCACACCUUCUGUAGCUAUAUACUAUUUAUAUAUAUGAGGGUCAGGAUUUGACUUGGCACAUUCUUUUGUAACACGUCUGUAAAGUAUCAUUUUAUACCCAUCAACAAAUCGUUUCCUGUUUUAUAAAUACUCGACGCAAAUUGGAGUGUCGCUGAACAAUUCUCACCUCACUGACAGUCAAAUUUUACCUCACUUUCUUAUGUACAACAGAGACGUUUAUUCAAUUUUGUUUUAGGGUAAAGAGUAACUGAUGGCAUAAAGUGUCUCUAAACAAACACCUUUUUCGUGCAGAUACAACAUGUUCCCUUGGGAAUACAUGCCUGAGAAUACUCGAACAGGAAAUCAUAAGAUUUAUUGGAAUGUGUUACCAAACACAAAGUUAUUUUCAACUCUUACAUCAAUUCCAUUUCUUGUUCUUGAUGAAUGCAAACAUGCCUACAAUAAUGUGUACUUUGGCUUGGUAAGAUGUCUUUUAUUUACAUCAGGUCGGGAAGUGACCUAUAUAUGUGUUUUCGUCAAUUUCAAAAUACUUGUUUAUUGACCUAAACUUGUAAGUGAGUAGAAUAAAACGGAUGUUAUUGCUUUUUUCGGAAAAGAAAACUCGAAAACAUCUGCUCAACGAAGGAAGAGAAUUUUAAGAAUUCUUCAAUAGCCGACCGGUUAAUGCAAAUCUAAGUAACAAACAUUCGCUUUGAGGAAGGGCAAACGCCCGAAAUAUCAGCUUUGAAACUCUUUACAGUGGCCAAUUUAAGUUAUCAACUCAUUUGAUAAUACUAAAUUACCCUGUUAUACUCUCCUACCGACCACGCAGCUCUACAGUUUCCUUAGAAUCUUACCCCCUUUAGAGAAGAUUAUUUUCACUUCGUAUAGCAUCUGCUGGUUCUGCCGCUGUAAAGACUUGUGUUGUAAUGGAAACGGAGUUUUUUAAUAUUGAUUUAUCUAAGAAACAUUUCCUUUUAGUUGUAUGAAUGAGUAUUAGCUGUAGUGCCUCUCUGAUAUGGCUUGCAAAUGUUUUGAUCAGAAUGUAUCUUGUUUUGCAGAAAAACGUUCAUCAUGUUAAUCAUUUCACAUAUGUGUAUAUGUAGAUAUUUUUUUUUAAAGACUUUGGCCGAGCAUCGCCGUGAAGUAGAAUAAAAAGAAUCAUUUUUUGUCUCAGUAUCUGGUCGUUUCUGAUGUAGAUUGUGGUGUUUCGACUGCGUAUCGAUCUACAUCACAGGUGAUCAAGAGUGGGACGAUCAUUCACUACGUAGCCGAUAAAUUUCACAAGUAUAAUGUAUUUUGACAUCUAAGCUAGAUUUGUGCAACACAAGCUGCAACUUGAUUCUUUAUUAAAAUAAAAUGUUUUGAGGAGAACUGUUGUAGCUGCUUGAUAUU